GGUAAGGUUCCCUCGGGUGAUGAGUGCUUUCUACCUCGGACUGCAGGCGAACGCCUUCUACCUCCGUGACUGUAUGCGCCGCACUGACCAGGCCCUCAGUCCGCGAGCAAUGUCCGCCUUUGUAUGAACUAUCAACGCCGCUGUAUACGUCUUCCACUCAGAGCGCUACCGCAUCCAGCAGGAGCGACCUUCCUUAUCCUUACGUUGGCCCCGACCACCUUGGUAUGCAAGCAGGCGAUAGGGAUCCAGUGGCGCGCAGGACAAGCGCAUCCGGUCGUCCGAACAUCGCCGUGUUAUCUUGCUGAGGGAGAACAUCCGAAUCAGCUUACUCGCGCGCAGGAUUUUCUCGGCCUCUUUCCUGCGAAUUGCGGCGUUAUGCCUGCGAAAGGGAAGUAGACGGCGCUGGCUCAGCUCAGGCUCUCGGUACCGCUGGGCUAGCUCACUGAACUCUCGUCCAUCGCCUCGGGGCCAGCAGACCAAGGGGAAGUACGUACCCGAUACCACCGCUG